UGUGGCUCACCCUGUCCCUGCCCCCCAGUGGUGUCCAUCGAGGACCCCUUUGACCAGGACGACUGGGAGACGUGGCAGAAGUUCCUGACCCAGGUGCCCAUCCAGAUCGUGGGGGACGACCUGACGGUGACAAACCCCAAGCGCAUCCAGAAGGCUGUGGAGCUGAAAGCCUGCAACUGCCUCCUGCUCAAAGUCAACCAGAUCGGCUCUGUCACCGAGUCCAUCCAGGCGUGCAAACUGGCCCAGAGCAGCGGCUGGGGGGUGAUGGUCAGUCACCGCUCCGGGGAGACUGAAGACACCUUCAUCGCUGACCUGGUGGUGGGGCUGUGCACCGGGCAGAUCAAGACCGGGGCCCCCUGCAGAUCCGAGCGCCUGGCUAAAUACAAUCAGCUGAUGAGGAUCGAGGAGGCGCUGGGCGACAAAGCUCACUUCGCUGGACGCAAGUUCAGGAAUCCCCUGGCCAAGUGAGCCCCUCGGCCACCCCCCGAGCAUCAGCAUGGCCCUGCCCCACAGCCAGGGGCGGCACUGGAGGGCCGGGGCGGGGCCUGGACCCUCAGCACCAGGGCUCUACCCAGGGCACCGUGACGUGACCAGCGAGCGCCGCUGACACUCGGUCCAGCCCCAUCUUCCCGCGGCGUCUGCGGGGCCCAGUUCUGAAUAAAGGCACCGGGGGACACAG